AUGCCACCAACAAAGACCAAACCUGCCAGAUCUUCAUCCAGCAAGAAAGGGCCGAAAGAGAAGGUGUUCCAUCCUGAAUCCCGCAAAGCUGGACAACUCGAGCGCAAGUUGCUAAGGAAGCAGAAGCUCGAGAAGGCUUCUGUGACCAAGUCGCGGAAUUCACCCAACGUUAUAGUGGACCGGAAUGUGUUCUUCUUGCAUGCUUUGCCUGAAGAUGCAAUUGCGCUCACUCUGAGCGAUGUGCACGAUAUCCUACGCGACGUGUGGCUUGCGCGUUUUGAUCAUCUUAUUGAGGCGGAGCAGGCGGCGAGGAGAAGUGGUAGACCGAGAAGCACAAAGGAGGACAAGCUACUAGAAAUGAAGAGACAAAAUACGGAGGAGUACCGAACAGGGAUCGACAUUCCCGACCUCACCCAUCUAGCAACGGUCGCGCUAUUUAGGAAAUGGAACGCCGAUGACCCCGGCUUUCUUACUCUUUUGCGGUGGAUCCGUGUCACAAGUGAAAACCCGCAUGAAGUUGUGUUAGUUCGGGAGGGUAAUGAGAAAGCUCUGUUGCAUGCUGCUGCUGCCGCCGGUUUGUCGUUGGACCUAGGGCAACAUGCCGUAGACUCAGCGUUGGGACAUGACGGCAUGGAUGAAAACGUGGUGGAGGAGGAGCUAGCGGCAGACCUUCAUGAUCUACUGUAAUUGCGUGAUGAAUUGCCUUGGCUGUCAAUACAUGAGCUAUGUACAGGGGCGGCUUGUAAAUAGAUACAGUCAUAAUUGGGGGAUGGAGUGUUUACUGUUGUUACAAUUGAGGCCAAGGUGAAGCUGAAAUGCAUAAUACAGGUCGUAACCAUCCGAAAGGUUUCACUUUGCAGCGUCCAAAACAAACCGACUGGGUUAUCCUGACCGUAAGUAAUCCGAGGGUCUCGGGGACUCCAACGUGGCAUCCCAUUCCUGCCUUAGACGAGCAUGGAUAACCUUCAAUGUCGAUAGUGCCCCCCUCUCUUGGAUGAGCGUCAUAACUGUUGUGUAUCCGGCGGCAUUCUGCACGCUGGUAGUGAGGUGAAGCUCCACACGGAAACGAACGGCUUUCAUAACAGCCAUAACGCCAGCAGGAUCGCGUAUCUCGUCCAGUUUGCACUUCAGCACACCCGGUCCGUCAGCGUUCUGCAGAAGCACCGUGACUCCGAGGUUCUGUAACAUCUUCCGACACUCUUCACGGCUGACAGCCAUAUUGUAUCUAGAUAGCAGCUCGUACUGCGGCGGCUUGAAGUUGAAGAG